CAUUUCAAAAUGUCCCUUCUGUCAAAGAGGUUAUUUCGAGCGUGCUGUUGUGAGGUCUUGGUUCCCGAACUACUAGAGAUGUUGGUCCGGGAGGACAUGGGAGUCGAUGCCAGAGGGGCCCGCCGGAUUCUGAAGGAGAGCAACAAGAUUGGGAAGUUGCUCAAUCUUGAGCGAAUCGAUUGUGAUACGCUUCGCCGCUGGCAACGGAGCACUGCUUCGGAUUUCACCCUCGAUCACAACCAGACUGUGACAUUGUUCCUUACUAAUCGUCACAAUUUCCUAGAAACCUAUACUGCCCCAAUGGCGCAACCUGUCUCCCUUGCUUCCGGCGGUCGUGGCCUAUGGGGAAUGAACAGGGAAUUCGAAGACGUGAUCAACACAUUCGUGACGCAUCCGGCAGGUUCUAGGGCCAGCUUUCGAGAUUGGGCAAAGUUGACAUCCAUGGGAGAAGGCAUAGGCAGAUUUAGAUUGAUGCUGGCAGGAUACAAAUCUACCAUGAAUAUUGCACUCGGGGAUGCGACGUUGUAUGCCUCUCUAAGGUGUAUCUUCCCAAUCAAGCUGACGAUAUGGCUUAUAGCCGCAGAACAAUAUGCCAACUAA